CCACACCGCCACCCCACUGGGUAAACGGGGUGAUUAAUGUCGAAUAUAGCGGAAUGGGGCGAGGGCAUCUGUAGAAAGAGGGUGUGUGUGCGCGGCAGGGAAGUAAAUGGAUCUGCACAGAGUGCCUCCCGAAUUAUGUUCGGAAUUGUCAUUUCACCGCGAAGUUAGAGAAAGUUAGGAUUGUGACUCGGGAGCGAGGGCAGGGCAGAGUUGAGGUUUUGUUCUCCAGCUCUCUGCCUCUGUUUCCCAAGGCGAACCUAAGUCGUCGUCGCCCGGGUGGGGACGUUUGUGCCUCAGGCCCCAACUUCUUCCUGCUACUCCCCAACCUCUCAAGAGUCUGUGGAGAUGGGUCUGACAUUCAGAGAUGUCGCAGCACCUUGCGGGGCACCCGGCGGCCCAGCCCCGGUUACAUUAACAUUUCAUCAGCCGUUAGAAAAGAUCAGCAAACCCCAGCCAAAAAAAGUUCCCAAAGUCUACACCUGGCUUCCCGCCCCUCCUGGCGAUCACAGCCCCAUCCCCCAAAGCGAUAGAGACCAAGGGCAAGACAAAGUGACCGCUUUUCUGAGCAGAAAGACUAGAUUUGUGGUCAGGCAGUCCUUCUGAGUGACUGCAGUAGGUUGUGUCCGUUUAUUAAUUUGCCUCAUUGAACUGAAAUACUUUCCAGGAUUUCAAAAGUGUAGUUUCAGUUUGUUGGUGCUGAGAAUGGAAAUUUGCGUUAGCUGUGGCACUGUGAAAUAUUUUCCUGGGAGGGAGUUGCAGAUAAGUUGCUAAGUAAGAGUGAAAUAAUAAGGUGAGCCACGCUAAAGUAAUAGUUCUUAAUAAGUCUGCCAACAUUUCGGAGAUAUCUACCAUUAUCUCCGCAGGGGAAGGGAAAACACACACACACACACACACACACACACACACACAAAAACCCAUGCUGUAAUAAUGUUGAAAUGGGACUAGAGAUGUCAAAUUGGUUGGUUUAAAAAUAUCGCUAAGCUGCCUUUGAAACUAGACGUUGGAGUUGAAUAAAAGUGAAUGUGGGUUUCCUGAAUAGCACGGAGCCUGAGUGUGCUGUCAUAUGUGAGCCAGUCCACCAACUUGAGGCAGAAGUGUUGCGAUUCCAUAAAUACAGUAGGACUCCAUAUGCUGAGUUUUUCAAUUUCUUCUGUUAGAAAGUUUGGGGGGAAAGGAAGACUUUGAAGUAUUUUGUUUAUACUAACAGAAGAGAAAAGUUCUCCUAAGAAGAAGCUGGUGGCAGGAGUGGAGAGGAGUAGCAUAUGGCAUUAAAGGAGCACAGCUGGAGGUAGCAUUUCCAUCUGAGCAUGAUGUCAGAGCAGCUGACAGCCUGCCAUCCCUCAGCCUUUUAUUCUAACACACAGACAGGGAGUCAGUGUGUGCGGCUCUGUGGUGGAGAAGGUAUCUCAUUCCUCUCCAACAUCAUCUCCACUUCGCAUCUGUCUCUCCUAGUCUGCUUUUUUUCCACCGAUGUAACAGACCUGGAGCCAGCAAGACUCCGAGGGAAGGACUUAAUCAAGUUUAUGUGUCCUAAAGGUUAUGAAGACAGUAUGGAGUUUCCAGACCACAGCAGACAUUUACUGCAGUGUCUGAGCGAGCAGAGGCACCAGGGCUUUCUUUGUGACUGCACUGUUCUGGUGGGAGAUGCCCAGUUCCGGGCGCACCGAGCUGUACUGGCUUCGUGCAGCAUGUAUUUCCACCUCUUUUACAAGGACCAGCUGGACAAAAGAGACAUUGUUCAUCUGAACAGCGACAUUGUGACAGCCCCCGCUUUCGCUCUCCUGCUUGAAUUCAUGUACGAAGGGAAACUCCAGUUCAAAGACUUGCCCAUUGAGGACGUGCUAGCAGCUGCCAGUUAUCUCCACAUGUAUGACAUUGUCAAAGUCUGCAAAAAGAAGCUGAAAGAGAAAGCCACCACAGAGGCAGACAGCACCAAAAAGGAAGAAGAUGCUUCAAGUUGUUCGGACAAAGUCGAGAGCCUCUCAGACGGCAGCAGCCACAUGGCAGGUGACCUGCCCAGUGAUGAAGAUGAAGGCGAAGACGAGAAACUGAACAUUCUACCUAGCAAAAGGGACUUGGCAGCCGAGCCUGGGAACAUGUGGAUGCGAUUGCCCUCAGACUCAGCAGGCAUCCCCCAGGCUGGCGGAGAGGCCGAGCCGCACGCCACAGCAGCUGGGAAAACAGUAGCCAGCCCCUGCAGCUCCACAGAGUCUCUGUCCCAGAGGUCUGUCACCUCCGUGAGGGAUGCGGCAGAUGUUGACUGUGUGCUGGACCUGUCUGUCAAGUCCAGCCUUUCAGGAGUUGAAAAUCUGAACAGCUCUUAUUUCUCUUCACAGGACGUGCUGAGAAGCAACCUGGUGCAGGUGAAGGUGGAGAAAGAGGCGUCCUGUGAUGAGAGUGAUGUUGGCACUAAUGACUAUGACAUGGAACAUAGCACUGUGAAAGAGAGUGUGAGCACUAACAACAGGGUACAGUAUGAGCCGGCCCACCUGGCUCCUCUGAGGGAGGACUCGGUCUUGAGGGAGCUGGAUCGGGAGGACAAAGCCAGCGACGAUGAGAUGAUGACCCCAGAGAGCGAGCGGGUCCAGGUGGAGGGGGGCAUGGAGAGCAGUCUGCUUCCCUAUGUCUCCAACAUCCUGAGCCCCGCGGGCCAGAUCUUCAUGUGCCCCCUGUGCAACAAAGUCUUCCCCAGCCCCCACAUCCUGCAGAUCCACCUGAGCACGCACUUCCGAGAGCAGGAUGGCAUCCGCAGCAAGCCUGCCGCCGAUGUCAACGUACCCACGUGCUCCCUGUGUGGGAAGACUUUCUCCUGCAUGUACACCCUCAAGCGCCACGAGAGGACUCACUCGGGGGAGAAGCCCUACACGUGCACCCAGUGCGGCAAGAGUUUCCAGUACUCGCACAACCUGAGCCGGCACGCCGUGGUGCACACCCGCGAGAAGCCCCAUGCCUGCAAGUGGUGCGAGCGCAGGUUCACGCAGUCCGGAGACCUGUACAGACACAUCCGCAAGUUCCACUGUGAGUUGGUGAACUCCUUGUCGGUCAAAAGCGAAGCACUGAGCUUGCCCACUGUCAGAGACUGGACCUUAGAAGAUAGCUCUCAAGAACUUUGGAAAUAAUUUUAUAUAUAUAUAUAAAUAAUAUAUAUAUAUACAUAUAUAUACAUAGAUCUCUAUAUAGUUGUGGUACGGUCUAAAAGCAGUCUUGUUUCCUGGAACUGAAAAGUUGGGAUCUUAACUUGUUUUUGCACUUUAGAAUAAUAGCAUGAGAAUCUCACUAAUUUAGCAUUCUGAUAAAAGAAACUUUAGAGCAAGUCAGAAGUAGAGAGGUGUCUUUCCUUUGAGGGGUCGGCCAAGUUAGCCAAUAAAACCUUCUCAACAAAUGGUUCUGUCACAAAAUGCUUUCCUAUGGCUUAAUUUUGUAAACACUGCAUUGUCUUGAGCGCUUUCCUUGUGCCUCACAUUGUUUUGUUUUGUUUUCAAAGUAGAAAUUCCCUCCAGUUUUAUUAGCCUCUUUAUAUGUCUCAAAUUGCAUGAAUUUUUUCUGGCUGUUGGAAACCUGAAUGCUUUUAGACCCAAAUGGAAAAUUUCUGAAAUGCUGGAUUAUCUAUUUUUAAACAAGCAGUUGACUUAAAACUUUCUGUGGCAACUUCUGGUUUUACGAUGGUCCCCAGUGAGAGAAAUCUGACAGUACACUGGGUCACUGGGACUGUCUCUGUGAAGGUUUGCUUGAGAUGAAAAAGGAUAUUGCAGCUUCAGCAGUGUUGAACUGUGUGUUUAAAAUGUGAAUUACUGUUCUUGUAUACUGUAAUUGAUUACAUGGGCUGGGGGGGUGUCAGAGAACUUGACAGGUUGUGUUGAUGCUCUUCUUAGUUGAGUCUUGAAAAGUAAAUAUUAACGCUACAGAAAUGCAUGAGUUUCAAUAUAUUUUUUGUCUUUGUUUGCAUUGUAUAACUUUAACGAGUGAGUUUAAAAUUAUUUAAUUUCUUUAGAAAAUAGCACCAUUUGGGAAAAAAACUGGUGUUACGAAGAACGUAAAUGCACUGUUUUUAUUUUUAUUUUAUAUAAUUUAAAUUGACUUUUCCCACUGUCUUUAAGUUGAAACUGUUAAGCUGAAUAAAAACUUAAGCUGCAAAUUGAUAACUUUGCUACAUUACAAGGAACAUAUAAAUGUUUACAAACGGCUUAAAGAUUUGCAUGUGCGGUGUGCAUUUAUAACUUGUAAUUGCACAGAACCCAUGCCAAGCUCAGAGUUGAGGUGUACACACGUACCCAGCUGAGCGUUUUUAGAAUAACUACUGCACAAAUUGACAAUAGGUCAUAGGUCAUUCUCUCUCUCUCUCUCCUUUUUGCUUCCCUUUUCUUUUUUUCCCCUAUUUCCUUUCCUUCCCCCUACCCCCUAACUCAUGAAAAGAUUCUAUGGACUGAAAAAGCCCCAGGCUGAAAGGACUGGACUGCCUUGAUUGACGUGGGGAAGGGGUUGGUGGACUAUGUGUGUCGGCAGCAGAGGCUGCAGCCCACCGUGUGGUUUUAAUGACCAGCGCAGGGCAGAAGCAUUUUGCACAGUGUUUGUUUUCCUGUCUUGCACUUACAAAUAAGGUCUAUGGGAGUAGCAUGGAAAACGUUUGCUGUUUUUCCCUUUUUCUUUUUUAAUUGCUUUUGUUUAAAAUUUGAUCGCCUUAACUACUGUAAACAUAGCCUAUUUUUGUGCUUAAGAUACUGAGUGGAAAACUCCAUUGUGUGUUGCUGGACUGUUUUGGAAAUAUUUGGUCAAAUGUAUGUUAAUUUGGCUGUAAUGGCAUUUAAAGCAAACAAACAAACAAACAAAAAAAAAGCUGUGAAAAUGGCCUUGGAGCAUUAUCUUUAGUUACUUGAAGAGUUUCUAGUUUGUUUUUUUUUAAUACAGUUUAUGUUAAAAUAAUCUUUAUUAAUUUAGAGAAGACAAUCAAUGUCUGUGAAAGAACGGACUUUUUGGAUUUUUUUUUUGUGGUCAUUGUGAGUGAUUGCUUUUUCUUUUUCUUAGUUUCACAUUCUUCCUUUGUUCUAAAUCUUAGACUGACAUCUAGCUUUGACAAUCAUAGUAUGUUUUAUUUCCUGAGGGGGAAUAACUUAUAAUGCUGUUUAGUUUUGUACUAUUGGUGUGUUGGUGAAUUUUUAAACUGUGUGCUAACUGCAAUAAAUUAUAUGAACUGAGGA